GUAACCACCCACUCUCACCUCCCGACCCCGAAUUAUCUAUCGCUUCGCUAUCUCGUUCGUUCCUUUCUUUCUCACUCGGCGGAUGCAUUCUACUGAACAGUCACGAUGAGUGCUCCAUUCUCCCGCCUACAAUUAGCUGCUGCGUUACUUGAAUACGACAAUGAUCCAACAAACCCCGAUGCUCCUUACCGCUCUGCUCACGAGAGUGCUUUGUUUGCCCAUCUUCGUCGUAAUGUUCGACCUAGUGCUGUCGCUGCUCAACGGAGAAGUACCAAUCAGAUGGGCGUUUCACUUCCCAGUGAAGGAGCAAGUGGUGGUGGUGGCGGCCGCGAGUCCGUCUUGUCUGGCAGACGGUCUAGAGGAUCUACAUUUGCUCUAAGAAAUCCAUUUGGCGCCGAUGACUACUAUGAGGAGGAGGAUGAGCAAGAAGAAGAGCACGAACAUGUACAGGAGGAAGCACAGGAGAUGGAUUUGACUUCAUGGGGGCUGGAAGCCUUCAUUUCAAAGGAAAAGGCAUCCAAGGACAAGGGCAAAGGAAAGGAAACGAACCCCUACCCACUGUCAUCCGUCAGCUCUCAUGUUCCUCACGAAACAAGUCCCACUACAGGAUUUGCACCUCGUCCGCGACCAACAAGGUCCAUGAGUGUCGGCGACUUCGACCGCCUCAUACCUCCAGAAGACAUUCGUAGAAAAUCCAUCGCUUCACCACUUGAUCUCGCUGACUUGGAUGCCAGUCUAUCUGCUCCGUUCCAACGCCAUCGAGCAGCGUCCUUCGCCCUUGAUAACGACUUCCAGGUUCCUUCGACUUCUCAAAAUAUCCCAUUCCCCUCAAAGUCUAUUCGCUCGCCUUCUCCACCGCCGGAAGAAGAUCAUCGCACAAAUUCAACGCCGAGCUUGAAAGAAGAAAGCGGACUUCGGGGGCGUACUGCCUCUAAUGGUAGUAUGACCUCGCGCUUUCUUGAAGACGACAAUCCAUUCGCCUUGCAACCCCCUUCUCGCUCAUCCAAGUUCGAUCCUAAAGCGGCUGCUCAUGCUCGUACUACAUCGAACGUGUCCAUGGGCUCACAGAUGCUCCUUGAAAACGAUGGUGCAUCUGUUAUGACCAAACGCACCGGACAGCAUCGCUACUCAACUACUAUCGAUCUCCUCCGGCCCAAAGUACUCGUCAUGCCUAGUCCUCUACAGCCCUUGUCCAGUGAUCCUCAGACGGAACCUGACCCCAUUCGUGACGGUUUCCAUCUGUCCACUGACGGUCCGCCUCUGCCCCCCGGUGCCCGCUCUGCUCGAGAUAGAAAGGCAUCUUCCGUCUUCCUCGAUGCAGUCCCUAUCGCAUCAAAUUCAUUCACUCCUAAUCCUCGCAUGAAUUUAUCUACGUCUCAGAUGAUAUUUCGCAAUACCCUCAAGGUGGACGGUGUGCGCGAUCCUACAUAUGUGGAUAUCGAUAAGGAUCUGCCUCGGGCUACAGAGGAAGGUCAACAGGUAUUUCUGGACCCUCCUCCAGAUGAUACUACACCUGGAAUUCCAGCAGAAGAUGCCUAUCCUCCAGGUCGACCGGCUGGAAAAUUAUAUGGAAAGAGCCUCAUAGAUGACCUUGAAAGUAGAAAGGCUGUCAUGAGGCAGAAACAAAGGGUUUUCAAAGGUGACGACCGCCCGUCAAUGAUGGCGCGAGGACCAGUGAAGCGUUCCAGCACACUCAUUGAUCCAGCCACAUUGUCGGGAGACAGGCCUCCUACACAGCGCAAGAGUUCCUACUUAAGCGACCGCUCUCGUCCUGAAUCCAUGGGACCCAAGCCUCUUCUUAGUUUCGAAGGCGAGAAAACACCGCAAGGUUUACCACCAGUCAAGCUAAAUCCAAAUGCGAAAAUGCCUAAUGCUCGUACUGUCUUUGGUGUUGAUACUUUGUGGGAGAGGGAAAUGGCGAAGCUAAAGCAAAUUGAAGCUCAAGAGAAGUUAGAGGCUGAGGAACAGGAAAGAAGAGAGGCGAUAACCACGGACAAGAAGAAGAAAAAGAAGGGCAAAGAUAAGGAAGUCUCUACUCCUUAUGAACAAAGCGAGGUAUCAGACACGCGAAGCCCUUUGCCUCCCCCGUCUCCUAUAAUAUCAACUUCACCUCCCGUCCUUCCUGUCGUAUCACCUGCGAUUCAUGGACCUCCUCCCGUGGUUGACGACGAUUCUGACAGUGAAGCGAGCGAUAAUGGUGUGCAACGUCCAGCGGCCAAGAAGGAAGUUCAAGGGUGGUAUGAGGACUCGUCUGAAGAAGAUGGUCCACUGCGAAUAACCGGAGUUGGGCCGAGGUAUCGUCGUUCCCAGGCUUCCUCCGCCGGCAAGCCUGCUCCUUCUCAGUUCGCCAAACCUGCUCCAGAUUCAGACAGCGAAGAUGAUCUUCCUUUGUCGACGACCAUAAAUCGAGCUGCCGCCCGUCUGACACAUCUGAAGCCUGACUCCGAUUCCGAAGAAGAAAACAAACCCCUCUCAGUUCUAUUACGCAAGUCGCAGUCCGUCAAUAGUCUUCUUCCCAAGAUCGACUUUGACCGAGCUCAGCCUACCGGUGGUGAUGAGGAGGAUGAUGACAAACCGCUUGGUCUUCGCGCAUCCCGCGUUGCUCCAUCGUCUGUCGGUCACAGUUCUGUACCCGGCGGCGGCGAUGACGACGAUCGACCCCUAGCGUUUCACCCUGAGCAGCAACGGCGAACGCAGUACCAAAUGAUGGCCCAGCAGCAGCAGCAGCAACAACAGAUGUUGAUGCAAGCGCAACAAAUGCAUAACAGCAUGUUCUUCAACCCGCCUAUGAUGGGAUCUCAGUUCUUCGGACCUCCAAUGGGACCCCCCAUGAAUCCUAUGAUGAUGCAGCCUCCCAUGCAAAUUCCAUCACCGCCACCCAUGCAGGAUCCAACGAAAUUCGGCAGAGUUGACAGAUGGAGACGAGACGUCGCCGUCGAAGGCGAAUAAUGAUUUGAUUACAAUUGCAUUCCCUGUUGUUGCUUUUUUAACGGACUUGACAGUUUUCGCGCAUAUUUUUUUUGGAUCUUGUACAUGUGUAUUCGUACGCUACGCUAUAGUACGCAGUCGGCUUUCAGGUCGUUCACAAUCCAAAGGUACAUAUACAUGAAUACAGUGGUAAUUAUCCCCAA